UGUGUGGCGGGGGGAGGCAGCGGUGACAGCCGCGGGGAGGGGGCGGUGGAGAGGCGGCUGGCUCUGCUCGGCACUCAGCUGCACUCUGCCUCUAGCUCUGCGCUCACUUGCUGCCCAAGCCUCCAGCUCCUGCCCUAGGACCCCCAGGUGGGCCUUAAACCAGGCAGGUCCCAGACAAAAGCCCCAGCCCCUACGUCUAGCUCCCGGCCCAGCCAGGUCGCUCCGCCUCCAGGGGGCGCCGUGUGAGCGCCCCAUCCCGGCCACCCGGCGCCCCCUCCCACGGCCCAGGCGGGAGCGGGGCGCCGGGGGCCAUGCGGGGCCAGGGCCGCGAGGAGAGUUUGUCCGAAUCCCGAGAUCUGGACGGCUCCUACGACCAGCUUACUGGCCACCCUCCAGGGCCCACUAAAAAAGCCCUGAAGCAGCGUUUCCUCAAGCUGCUGCCGUGCUGCGGUCCCCAAGCCCUGCCCUCAGUCAGUGAAACAUUAGCCGCCCCUGCCUCCCUCCGCCCCCACAGACCCCGCCCGCUGGACCCAGACAGUGUGGAGGAUGAGUUUGAACUGUCCACGGUGUGUCACCGGCCUGAGGGUCUGGAGCAACUGCAGGAGCAAACCAAGUUCACGCGCAAGGAGUUGCAGGUCCUGUACCGAGGCUUCAAGAAUGAAUGCCCCAGUGGAGUUGUUAACGAGGAGAACUUCAAGCAGAUUUACUCCCAGUUCUUUCCUCAAGGAGACUCCAGCACCUACGCUACUUUUCUCUUCAAUGCCUUUGAUACCAACCAUGAUGGCUCUGUCAGUUUUGAGGACUUUGUGGCUGGUUUGUCGGUGAUUCUUCGGGGAACCAUAGAUGACAGGCUGAACUGGGCCUUCAAUCUAUACGACCUCAACAAAGAUGGCUGUAUCACCAAGGAGGAAAUGCUUGACAUCAUGAAGUCUAUCUAUGACAUGAUGGGCAAGUACACAUACCCUGCACUCCGGGAGGAGGCCCCAAGAGAACAUGUGGAGAGCUUCUUUCAGAAGAUGGACAGAAAUAAGGAUGGAGUAGUGACCAUUGAGGAAUUCAUUGAGUCUUGUCAGAAGGAUGAGAACAUCAUGAGGUCCAUGCAGCUCUUUGACAAUGUCAUCUAGCUCCCCAGGGAGAGGGGGUUAGUGUGUCCUGGGGACCAUGUCUAUUCCUAGUCCAGGUGAACCUCACCCUCCUCUUCCCAGGUCUGUCCUUAUCCUAGCUGUACCCUGGGGGCUGUAGGAAUUUAAGAUCCUGGGAUUUAAGUAGUCCAGAUCCCUGGAGCUAAGGGACCAGAGAGGGCAGAGUAUAUCUGGUGGGUGUUCCCAACUCCCAACAGCUCUCACCCCCUUCUCACCUGACACCAGUGCUGAGGGCCCCCCUGAUGUAGGACCUAAGUGAUUCUCCACCCCUACCCCCCCAUCUCACUCUAGAAACCAUGACAUUAGUCAGAAUGUUUCCUGCUAUGGUGCUUCCCCUAGCCCUGAUCUCAUUCAACUUUCCCCUAAAACUCACUUCUCAGAGAAGAUGCUCUGGCCUUGUCCCUGGCUGGCUUUUUUCAACCCAGCCUUUGAGAGCCCUAUGGGAGGGAGACAAGAAAGUAGAGAAAGAGAUAUUUCCUGGUUCAGUCCUAGGAGUUGACCAGAGUGGAAAACAAAGCAUGGGUAGGCCAUGAGGGCCCAGACCUGUUAUGGCUCCCAGGUUCCACAGUCUGCUACUCAGGCCAUCAGAAUAUGAGUUUCCAGACUUUUCAGAAGGCCUUAUGUUCUUAGAAAUGUCCCAUAAAUUUACCAUAAACUUCUCAGUGUCUUAGGAGAGCCUGGGAUCCAGAUGUCUGGUUCAUCCUUGGAAUUCCUCCUUCUCCCUCCUUGCUCAUGUGGUUGGAGUACUGGCCAGAUGGGUAGGAGGUGUCCUUGCUGAUAUCUAUCAAAGUUUCAUCCUACCCUCCCUGCCCAUCACCUGUUUUGAUGGCUUGAAUUUUCAUUUGCCAUGACCUCUAGGCUUAGAGGCAUGAUGUGAGUCAGGGUUUUUCCUGAAGUUGUAUCCUGUCAUUCCUCCCAGUGGCUGCCUUAGGGGACAGGCAAGGAGGAAGGUAGGCGCAGCAUUCGAGGCAUUCAUUAGAAUUUUUGCUCAACUUAGGCUCUAUUCCAACCCCCUACAAUUCCCUAGGAUCGCCUAGGGGCUCCUCUUCAUCUAUUCAGUCUACCCAGAGAUACUGCUGAGCACACCUAGAGGGCAGGGACCAAACCCUAGGACCCAGGUCCCACCUCAUUGUCAGCACCCCUGCCAUGCUGCUACCCCAUUAAUAUACCUGCUUGUCCCACUCAGCUCACCUUCCCAGUCAGCUAGGACCUGAGGGAAAGGCCCCCAUAGAGCCCCUCUCCCAUCAGACAUUGUUGACUGCUUUGCAUUUUGGGCUCUUCUAUAUAUUUUGUAAAAUAAAUACACUAGAUCCAAUAAAACACAAUGGCUAUGCA